UAGCAAGACACGGGCUCUUAACAUUUAAUAAGGUUUGGGGGUUAUCUGCGUCAAGGCUAAACCAGAAGGAGACGAAAAGCACACACCCCCUUGACCUCCAAAUGCCUCGAAACGCUCUUCGGCUGAUCUCCCAUGUCUGCCGUGUUCUUGGCAUCGGCCACUUUGGCAUUCGGAAAGAAACACGCUCUGAACUCUCUUUGUAUGGACCGAGGCGAAAUGGCGGCAGCUGAAACGCCGAAAUGACCUGAUGGUUCCGACCUCCAGCGUAGACUGGGUGUGAAAAGUUGCGCAUCUGAUAAUGAAUACUCUUGCGGUUGUAUAUUCUCUCUUCCUGCGAGCCUUCCUCUGAGUGCACUCCUGUCUGGCUUGACCACCCCGUCACCACUCCCUUGACGGGACACCUCAUCCACCCCCGCAGGACUCAGUAAACAUGUAUCCCCCGGAGCCAUACAAGGCGAGAAAGAAGCGCCACGCGGGGCCGUCCCUGCCGCGCUCCCCCUUCUCCCCCUUCUCCGCCUUCGGCCGGGGCCGCCGGGCCCGCCUCGGCCGCAAAGACGUCGCCCUGACCCUGCUGGGCGUGCUCCUCGUGUACCUGGUCUACACGGCGUGGGGGCCGGGCUCGGCGCGGCGGGAGCCCGAGUCGGUCCGCCUGCAGCGGCUCAUGAACGACGAGGCCUCGGCCCGCCGCGUCUGGGACGUCACGAGCAGCUUCGACUGGGGCGCCAUCGACUUCAGGUACCCGCCGCCGAGCGACCCGGCCCCGCUGCCCACGGGGGCGGGGGCGGGGGCGGGGGCCAGGAAGAAGAAGAAGAAGCCCGGCGGCCUCCUCCCGCGCGUGCAGCACCGGUUCCCGCCCGAGACGGCGGCCGCCCGGGCGGUGCGCGAGGCCAGGCGGGACGAGGUCCGCGCCGUGUUCCAGAAGAGCUGGCGGAGCUACCGGCGCUUCGCUUGGAUGCAGGACGCGCUGCUGCCCGUCUCGGGCGGGGGCCGUGACCAGUUCUCCGGGUGGUCGGCGACGCUGGUCGAUGCGCUUGACACACUGUGGAUCAUGGGCAUGAGGGAGGAGUUUGACGAGGCGGUUGACGCCGUGGCACGCAUCGACUUCGGGCAGGCCACCAACCCGCGGGUCAACAUGUUCGAGACAAACAUCCGCUACCUGGGGGGCCUGAUGGCAGCAUACGACCUCAGCGGGCGCAGCGUGCUGCUGGCCAAGGCGGUGGAGCUGGGCGACAUGCUCUUCGCGGGCUUCAACACGCGGUCCCGGAUGCCCGUCGACUUCUUCGACAUGGGCCAGAGCCAGUCCGGCAAGGGCCUCGAGGUCGAGGGCGGCGUCGUGGCGGCGUCGCCGGGGACCCUGCUGCUCGAGUUCACGCGCCUGACGCAGCUGACGGGCGACCCCAAGUACUACGGGGCCAUCGCCCCCAUCGCAGACCUGUUCCACGCCGGCCAGAACCAGACCAACAUCCCGGGCAUCUGGCCGCAGUGGGUCUCGAUGAGCACGCCCGACGUCGUCUCGGGCUACUUCUUCUCCCUGGGCAGCGGCGCCGACUCGCUGUUCGAGUACACGGUCAAGAUGCACGUGCUGCUGGGCGGCCACGAGCCCAAGUACGCCGCCAUGUCGGCCGGGUGGAUGGACGCCGGCAACGAGCACCUGCUCUUCCGGCCCAUGCUGCCCGGCGCCGACGACGUCCUCCUCGCCGCCAACGCCAAGGCGCACCAGCGCGGCGGGCCCGUCGAGCGCGAGUCGGAGAGCGAGCACCUCGCCUGCUUCCUGGGCGGGGCGUACGCGCUGGGCGGGCGCGUCCUGGAGGGCCGCGAGGACCUGGUCGGCGUGGGCGCCCGGCUCGCGCACGGCUGCGCGUGGGCGUACCGCGUCAUGCCCACGGGCAUGAUGCCGGAGCGCUUCGGCACGGUGCCGUGCGAGUCGCGCGACAGGUGCCCCUGGUCGCAGGCGCGGUGGGACGAGGAGUCGGCCGGGCGGCCCGACAGCGAGGACCACCUGCCCCUGGGCGUCGUGUCGGCCAAGGACAAGCGGUACAUCCUGAGGCCCGAGGCCAUCGAGAGCCUCUUUGUCCUCUGGCGCGUGACCGGCCGCCCCGAGUUCCAGGAGGCCGCCUGGGACAUGUUCCGGGCCGUCGCGAACGGCACCGAGACCGAGUAUGCCAACGCCGCGGUCAUGGACGUCACCCGCGCCAACUACCCCCUCGAGAAGGAGGACUACAUGGAGAGCUUCUGGCUCGCCGAGACGCUCAAGUACUUUUACCUGGCCCUGUCACCUCCGGACCUGAUCAGCCUCGACGACUUUGUGCUCAACACGGAGGCGCACCCCUUUAGGAGGCCGGCGUGAGCGCUGCUGUGUGCCAGAAAGAUUCUUGGCUGCAUUGACAGGUGUCCGGCGUCACAAGGUUGGGUUGGGAUAUUCUGAUGCAUCAUGUCUUCGUUGUAUAAGUUUGUUGUCAGGUCUCGCGUCUCGUAUCGACAUGAUAUGAUAUCCGCAUGCUGCCAGACAGGUCCACAUCUGUAGAAGUUCUAUCGAGUCAGUGAUCUGCUUUGAUAAAGCCUG